AUGGAUCCAGAUGUUUACAACGAGAUUGAGGCCAAUUUCGCAGACGACGCCUUGAAUUAUGGAGAGGCAAAUGUACGAAAUAAUCCGCCAGUAAAUAAUUUGAAUGAUGUUGUAAGAAGACCGCCGAAACGGAUAUUAAUACCUGAUUGUGAUGCGCUUGAUUGGCAUAUGCGAGUAAACUGCGAUAAUUAUGAAAAAGAACGCGAUAUGAGACGAGAAAUUCUUGGCGAUGAAAUGGUUGAACGCCUUACACAACGCAUUUCAUGGGUUCGAAAAAGGCGUCACUUAGUAGACUUACAAACAGAUAACGAGACUAAAAGUGUACCAACAAAGCCGAAAAAAAGCGAAGUUUUGCUAUACCCACCGAGUGAUGGUGCGCCAUGGAUCGGUUUUACAGAUCCCACAAUCCUGCAAAGAUUCUACAUAAUGUUGAGGAGUGCUGAACAAACGGUUGAUAAUCAUAGCAAUGAUAAACUGCGAAGUGAUGCUCUGAAGUUCGGUUUCACCGAAAAAGUAUUAAAUUCUGGAAUCGAUUUUGAGGUUCCUGAUGUUGUUCCCGAAGGUUUGGAAGGAUCUGCGUUUAUUCACGAUAAGUUGUGGGUUGACAAAUAUGCCCCGCAUACUUAUGCUGAUCUCAUUAGUGAUGAGACCGUGAAUCGCUUGUUAUUAAAUUGGUUAAAAUUGUGGGAUGAAUGUGUCUUUCAUAGAGCUAUCCCGGAUGUCGUUCUCAGAGGUGCUUCAAAUCAACUUAUUUUGAGCAAUGAAAAACCAAGGCGCCCAUCGCAGAAAGUAGUGCUCCUAGCUGGACCAGCUGGUUCUGGUAAAACUACACUAGUAACUUUGGUGGCGCAACAUGCUGGAUAUCGAGUAGUCAAUUUAAAUGCUAGUGAUGAGCGAAAUACUGUGGAUUUUGAAAAAUGUUUUGAAGAUACUUUACGAACGACAAGGACUCUGGAUGCUACUUCAAAACCAAAUUGUCUUGUUUUGGAUGAAAUAGAUGGCGCACCAAUGCAGUCCAUUCAUUAUUUGUGUAAAGCUAUAACUGCAACUGGAAGACAUUCACUUCAACGACCAGUAAUAUGCAUAUGCAAUAAUCUAUAUAGUUCCUCUCUGCGCGAAUUGCGAUCAGUUGGUCUAGUGUUGCAAUUGUCAAGAACUGAUGAAAAGCGUUUAACCAAAAGACUUCAUGAGAUAUCGAAAUUAGAGCAUCUGAAAGUUGAAUCAUGCGCACUGUCGGAAAUUAUUGAUGCAUGCUCACGGGAUCUCCGUUCCGCAAUCAACAACUUACAAUUUAUCGCGUCUAAAAAUUGCGCUACAAUCGAUCGGAAAGCUGUUCUUAAGUUCUGCGAGCGUGAGAAACAGUUUAACGACAAGUCAUUGUUCGAUUCGUGGGCUUCAGUUUUCGAAAUUUCUCGACAUUUGGAUUCAAAUGGUCGCAUUCAAGAUGUUGCUUCACGUGUCAAGCAAAUUUCACUUAUUUCGGAGCUACACGGAAGCGAAAGCGAUCGGUUCUAUAUGGGACUUUUCACCAACUACUUGAAUAGCAGAAAUGCCAGUGUGCUGAUGAAUGCUUCUAUGGCGAUCCGUCAAUUAUGUUAUUAUGAUCGAAUAGUUACAUCCAUGAAUAGUGUGCAAGAUUAUAAUUUGCUGAAAUAUUUGUCCACUGUAUGCGUAAGCAUACAUAUGCUGCUCUGCUGCAGAGGUCGAACACAGCUGAGCUUCCCAACAGAAUACCAUAAUGCAGUGCAGCGUUGUGAGCAAUCCGUUGAAAUAGUAGAAAGCGUCCGAGCUGGAGCAACGCAGAAAAGUUUUUCUCUGUCAACAGUUGCACUCGAAAUUUUGCCGUAUCUCAUAUACAUUGUGCAACCGGAUUUUAAACCGAUGAACGCUCAGCUGUAUAGUGUUCGGGAACUUAACCUUUUGCAUUCGAUUGUCAGCAUCAUGCGAACAUAUUCUCUCACGUUCACCUCUGUUUCGCAGGAUGGAUCUACUAGCUUCGUUUUUAAACCUGCAAUCGACCAGCUGGUUAUGUUUAACGAUGAUAAUGCAUGUCACAAUAAUCGAUCUUCGAAUACAUUGUCCAAUGCUGCGAGACAGCUAAUAGCACAUGAGAUUGAACUGCAGAAGCUGCGAAGUGUCGACUCUUUGUCUGACGGAACUGUUGGUAAUUUAGCAGGAAAUAUGAAAGGAAAGUUGAGUAAGCCCGGGAAGUUUGAGGCAGGAAUUACGUUCUGUUAUAACUCGGGAUCAUCAAGUGCUAUAAGACGAAAAAUCACGAUAAAGAAUCUGUUCUCGUCCUAA